CACUCUGUUUUCUACCAAUCCGUUCGUUAGGCUUCUCUAUUUUUUCCUCUUCCCUUCACCUAUUUUUUUCUGUUUCAUUUACGGAUCGAUUCUGGCACUUCUCUCUCAUGUGAAUUUCGCCUGGGUUCGUAGAGAGAUACACGGUGGGAAUUUGCUUUCUUCUCUGGUUUUACUGAUCUGGGUAUGGAUCAAUUCAGGCAGAUCGGGAAGGUUUUAGGGAGCCUAAAGGCUCUCAUGGUAUUUCAAAAUGAUAUCCGGGUGAACAAGCACCAGUGCUGCUUGCUAUUUGAUAUCUUCAAUCUCACGUUCCAAGGUAUCGCAGAGGAGCUGAAGCAGAAUCUGAGAUUCGAAGAGAAACACAUCAAAUGGAAGGCCCUUGAGCACCCGUUGAGAGAACUUCACCGGGUUUUCAAAGAAGGGGAAGCCUAUGUUCAGCAGUGCAUGGACAACAAGGAUUGGCUUGCCAAGGUCAUCUGCCUUUCACAGAACACAGAUUGCUUGGAAUUCCACAUCCACAACCUGCUCUCCUGCAUCCCAAUCGUCAUUGAAGCCAUUGAAACUGCAGGAGAAAUCUCUGGGUGUGACCAUGAUGAGAUCCUGAAGAAGAGGGUCGUCUUGUCCAAGAAAUAUGAGAGGGAGUGGAUGGAUCCAAAACUCUUCCAGUGGAAUUUCGGUAAGCAUUACCUGGUUUCUCAAGAUAUAUGCAACAGAUUGGAUGCGGUUUGGAAGGAGGACAGGAGGCUUCUUCUGGAGACAAUGAGAGAGAAGAGAAGUUCUGGGUCAGGGUCUUUAGCCAAGCAAGAACAACGUCUCAUGGAGCUACUACAAAAGAACCUCGACCACAACAAGCCUUCUGAUGGGAAGCUCUUCCCAAGCUCAAUAUUGGUGAGUUCAAAGGAUUACCAGCUGAAGAGACGACUAGGGAGCGGGAGCCAAUUUAAGGAGGUUCAGUGGUUGGGGGAAAGCUUCGUUUUAAGACAUUUCUUUGGAGAUAUUGAGCCUGCAAUUCCUGAGAUAUCUCUUCUCUCUUCCCUUGCCCACCCUAAUAUUCUGCAAUUCCUUUGUGGGUUCUCUGAUGAAGAAAAGAAAGAGUGUUUCCUAGUUAUGGAGCUGAUGAACAAGGACCUCAUCACUUGCAUCAAAGAGCUUUGUAGCCCACGGAGAAAGGUUCCAUUUUCCCUACCUGUAGCGGUCGAUCUAAUGCUUCAGAUUGCUAGAGGGAUGGAGUAUCUCCACUCCCACAAGAUAUACCAUGGAGAUUUAAAUCCAUACAACGUCCUUGUUCGACCAAGGAAUUCCCCUGAUGGAUACCUGCAUGCUAAAAUCUCAGGAUUUGGCCUAUCCUCCAUUAUGAACUCCACCCCUCGAACUUCCUCAAAUCAAAAUGAGGCACCAUUCAUCUGGUACGCCCCAGAGGUUCUAUUGGAGCAAGAACAGCCAGUGACUACUUCCAGUUCCAAGUACACAGAGAAGGCCGAUAUUUACAGCUUUGGUAUGAUUUGCUUUGAGCUCUUGUCAGGGAAGGUCCCAUUUGAGGAUGGGCAUCUCCAGGGAGACAAGAUGAGCCGAAAUAUUAGGGCAGGGGAGAGGCCACUCUUCCCAUUCCAUUCACCAAAAUACCUCACCAACUUGACCAAGAAAUGUUGGCACACUGACCCAACUCAACGUCCAAGUUUCUCAUCCAUCUGUAGGAUCCUCCGCUACAUCAAGCGGUUCCUGGUGCUGAACCCAGACCAUAGCCAGCCUGACCCUCCAAUGCCGCUCGUUGAUUUCUGUGAUAUUGAGGCUUGGUUCUCCAAGAAGUUUGCUGCAGAAGGGAAUCCCAACCCAACACCAGUAUCACACAUCCCAUUCGAGAUGUUCUCUUAUCGGGUUAUGGAGAAGGAGAGGAUCAGUGUGAAUUUUAAAGACAGGAGUUCAGAAUCAGGCAGUGAUGGCAAUUCUGUUUGCGGGGAUGACAAUGCAGCUCUGGUGGAUGAUCCAUUCCCGGCAGUAACCGAGAAAAAAAUUCCAGUUUGUUCUGAGUAUACCAACAAGAAAUCCUCGUUGGCAAGGAAGAAUAUUACAGAUGUAAGGACCAACAAACAACCAGGAACACCGAAAGGACGAGCACUAAGACCCCCACAAUUGACCCAAUGCGGUCGCUGUUUGAGGAUGAAUUCUGAGAGCCAUAUUUCCGUGGUGAUGAGCCCAAGCAGGCGGAGAGGAUCUGGUCAUGCCUCGGAUUCUGAGUUAGCUUAGGUCUAUACACAGCACCUCCUCCCCCUACAGAACAUCCCAACACAAGGUGGUAGUUCGCCGAAGUCCAUAUGGUGCUUCUUGCAAGCUUGGCUGCUAACUUCUAUAUUUCUGUCAAAACGCUCAUGUCAUACUACUAGAGUACUGUACAGGAAAGAGGAAGAAGGGAUUUUCUUUUGCAAGGCCUAGAUUCUGGGAUAUUUUGCACCUAAUGAUGGACAACUGUUUUUUAUUUUUUAUAUUUUUUAACAUAAACAGGGAGGAGCCACUACUCAAAGUUUGAAAUUG